CAUCCCACCAUCUCGAUCUGCUCAAUUCUCUCUCUCUCCCCCGUUUUAGGCAGAGACAUACCCUCACUCUCCCCACGUACAGCUACUGCUCCACUCACCUUCUCCGCACCAUCUCAGUACCCAUAAACCACUCUCUCUCUUGCUUUGUUUCGCCAGGAACCAGAGCAUGGAGCGUAGUUUCAUCUCAUACUUGCUCUUACUUCUUUGCAUUUUCACUUUUUCAGAUGCGGGCUCAAUCGGAGUAAACUAUGGAAGAAUCGCUGAUAAUAUACCUUCUGCGGUGAAAGUGGUGCAGCUCCUCAAGUCUCAGGGUCUGGAACGGGUCAAGGUUUUCGACGCUGACCCUACUGUCCUCAGAGCUUUAUCAGGAUCUGGGAUUAAAGUCACCGUCGACUUACCUAACGAACUCCUCUAUUCCGCUGCCAAAACUCAGUCCUUUGCCUUCUCAUGGGUCCAAAGAAAUGUCGCCUCUUACUACCCUUCCACCCAAAUCGAAGCCAUUGCCGUGGGUAACGAAGUUUUCGUUGAUCCACACAACACUACCAAGUUGCUCAUACCUGCCAUGAAAAAUAUACACCAAGCUCUAGUCAAGCUUAAUCUUCACUCCGCCAUUAAAGUCUCUUCACCAAUAGCACUCAGUGCUCUCCAAUCCUCUUACCCGUCGUCCGCCGGAGCAUUCCGAUCCGAACUUGUUGAACCCGUUUUCAAGCCAAUGUUGGAUUUUCUCCGAGAAACCGGUUCGUUCCUCAUGGUUAAUGCGUACCCGUUUUUCGCUUACGAGUCGAACUCGGAUGUCAUUUCUCUUGACUACGCGUUGUUUAGAGAGAACCCUGGUGUGGUGGAUUCAGGUAAUGGGUUGCGUUACUUCAGCCUCUUUGAUGCUCAAAUCGACGCCGUUUUCGCCGCGUUAUCUGCUUUGAAAUACGACGACAUCAAGAUGGUUGUCACCGAGACUGGAUGGCCCUCAAAGGGAGACGAGAAUGAGAUAGGUGCUAGCGUAGAAAACGCCGCUGCAUACAACGGCAAUCUUGUCCGUAGGAUUCUCACAGGUGGUGGGACCCCUCUGAGACCAAAGGCAGAUCUCACCGUCUAUCUUUUUGCUCUCUUCAAUGAGGACGAAAAGAACGGGCCCACAUCGGAGAGAAAUUAUGGCCUCUUUUAUCCCAACGAGCAAAAAGUUUAUGACAUCCCUUUUACAGUGGAGGGCCUGAAGAAUUACACGGACCGCCGAUCACCGGUAUCCGGUGGUCAAAAGGUGAAUCCUCCAGUCAACGGUGGAGUAUCCAAGAGCACUACGGGCAACACAUGGUGCGUGGGGAAUCCAGAAGCUGGUAAGGAGAAGCUGCAGGCUGCAUUAGAUUAUGCGUGUGGUGAAGGAGGAGCUGAUUGCCGUCCGAUCCAGCCAGGCGCGACGUGUUACGAUCCUAACACAGUCGUGGCCCAUGCCUCUUUCGCCUUCAACAGUUAUUAUCAGAAGAAAGGGCGGGAGAUUGGCACCUGUUAUUUCGGAGGAGCAGCGUAUAUCGUUACGCAAGCACCAAAGUACGGGAAGUGCGAGUUUCCCACAGGAUAUUGAAGAAAGAAGGAAAGCAUAAAUGGGAAUUUGGCAUUAACCGAAAAGAUUAGGGGAAAAUGGGAGAUUAAGUGUAGUUUUGGGUGUUUUUUAGUAUAUGUUUUUGGAGGGUGUGGUUGUAUUUCAAGUGGGUAGUUGGUGGAGUUGUCAGAUAAUUAAUUAGACUAGGUAAGAUUCUGUAAUUAUAGAAAUUAAGAUAUGUUUCUUUUUCAGUUUC